AUGGCGGCGGCUCUGGCAAUUCUGCAGCUGGACACGCGCUUCCCUCGAAUUCCAGGAGACAUUGCUUGCAGAGAGACUUAUGCACUGCCCACCCGCAUCGAAGUGAUUGACAGGGCCCAGGUGGUCAACGUAGUAAGUGUUGACCCGGAAGCACUGGAUCUUUCUGGUUUCGCCUCGGCGCUCGCCAAGGCGGAUGUGGAUAUCAUCAGCACAUCUUGCGGCUUCAUGAUUUACUUCCAAAACGCGCUGUCACAGCUGACAGAGAAGACCUUCAUCAGCUCAGCGUUAGUGUCCUUGCCCAAGCUGCGGUCGUCUCUGCAAGAUGCGGAAAUCAUGGUAAUCACCUUCGAUGCCGAUGUUCUUGCAGCUCCUGCUUAUCGCCUGGCUUUAGAUGGCUUCAGUGGCCCUGUGGUUGGCCUGGAGAAGUCCAUGCAUCUGUACGACGUCAUCUCCAAGGAUCUGGAACAUCUCGAGUUUGAGCGUGCAGAGGAGGACAUUGAUAGGCUGAUGCAAGCCGCCUUGUCGAGAUAUCCCGGCAUCAAAGCAAUCCUGCUGGAAUGUACCAACUUGCCACCAUACAAGCACAUCAUCAGACAGCACUUUGCCGGCGAAAUUAUUGACUGCUUGACUGUACUGGAGGCUGCUAUGCCCGGACUGGUAAAGAGCCAGUUUCUUGCCUGA